ACUUCUUUGAUCCUUAUGAACUCCUAGUCUCACUCCUCCGUCGCCUUCCAAUUUGCCACCGUCUAUUGCUACUGCCACAUCUGCUAAUGUCGGAAGUACCAACUCCCCUAUUGAUGACCUGAGUAAGAAGAUCUAGAAGCCAUAUGCCAUUACCAAAUCUAGAGAGAACUAGACUAACCAGGAGCACGACAAGUUUUUAGAAGCUUUGCAGCAGUGAGUAUUUUUUGUUUCUUUCAUUAAAUUCAACUUCUUUGGGCUCACGGCAAUGGUAAUUGAAGGACUUUUUUUUUUUUGCUAUAAUGAAUUUAAGGUGAAUUAGGUGAGAGAAGGAAAUCAUUAGAUUUUGGAUGGAGUUUCUUUCUGUUUUGUUAAAUGUGAAGUUUCUUUCUUUUUGUGUAAACAUGAAUCUAUCUGCAACCAAAUUGGAAAUUAGGAGGAAUUGUUGGUGAUGAUAAGGUGUAAAGGCGGAAUUAUGGAACCUAUGUGCGAUUUUUGUGGAGGGGUGAAGGCUGUGGUUUACUGUAAAUCAGAUUUAGCCCGGCUUUGCUUCAACUGUGAUGUAUGCGUGCACUCUGCAAAUUUAUUGUCUCGUAGGCAUGCUCGUUCUCUUUUAUGCGAUAAGUGCAAUGCUCAGCCAGCAAUGGUCCGGUGCAUGGACGAAAAGCUGUCUCUUUGUCAAGGUUGUGAUUGGAAUGGCAAUGGUUGCUUGAGUUUGGGGCAUAGAAGGCAGACUUUAAAUUGCUUUACAGGUUGUCCUUCUACAGCAGAGUUUGCAAGGAUCUUGUCUUCGGCUCUUGAAACCUCUUUGAUGGAUAGCUUUGAUGCUGGUUGGCCAAGUAAUACAUUGCCCGUAAAUGAGAAUUGCAUUGUCUCUGAGCAAAGAGAAAGUAAAGGAUCAUUUCGGUCCGUAAAUGAGAAUUGCUUUUUCCCGGAGGAAAGAGGAAAUAAAGGAUCAUUUGGGCCCGUAUAUGAGAAUUGCAUUGUCUACGAGUCCGAGCAAAGAGAAAAUAAAGGAUCAGUUGGGUUGGUCGCAACUGAGUUGAAUGAUCUAGAGUCCUGUCCCAAGCUUGAGCCUUGGUUGGAGUCAUCUUCUGUGGUUCCACAGAAUCCAAAUUACAUGUCCUACUCCUUUUGUAGAGAUCAAGUAACUCUUUUCCCAGAGGAGACUAACAUGCCAUUGGAUUGUUCUGACAUCAAAGAUCUUAAACUUCCUGGCGGUGAUGACAUAUGUGAAGGUCUCAGCAUUGACAAUGUUCCAUUAAACUUUGGAACUGGUGAUCAGAUAUUUGGCUGCUCGCAAGAUCAUCCUAGAUACCAGCUCGAGGAUGUUGAGACAGACUGCCUAUUAAGGGAGAAAAACUUAUCAGUUCCUGAAUCCAGUGGUCCUAUUUUGAAUGCAUUAGAGGCAUCUUUGUCAGGACAGCAGGAUUGGUUAGCUUUUCCAUCCUCUGGGGUUGGUAUAUCAGCUAGUUUGACGCAGGCCAUGUUCGGUAGUUCUAGUUGCACAUUCAUGAAUCCUAGUUGCAAUAGAAACAUCAGUCUAGGAUUUCCUUCUGGCCAAGUUCCUUCAAACAUGUUGUCACUAUCCAACAUCAAUGGGGAGAGCAGUGCUGCUGAUUACCAAGAUUGUGGACCGUCACCAGUAUUUUUAACUGCUGACUCACCCUGGGAAUUAAAUCUGGAAACUAGUUGCCCACGAGCAAGGGAUAAAGCAAAGAUGAGAUACAAGGAGAAAAAGAAAACACGAAGGUUCGGUAAACAAAUAAGAUAUGCCACCCGUAAAGCCAGAGCAGAUACGAGGAAGCGUGUUAAAGGCAGAUUUGUGAAGGCUGGUGAAGGCUGGUGAAGCAUAUGUCUAUGAUCCACUAGUAACACGCAAUUUCUAAACCUGAUUGCAAAGUUGUUUUCUCUUAUGUUAAAAGAUGAAUCAGGAAUUGAUAUAAGUUACAAAACUGUCUCCUUGCUGAAUAAAUGUGCAUCAACAAGUUGAUUUUGAAGACCUCUGGUACAAAAGAAAAAUCAGUGUAUUUUAGUCAUCCUGUCAAUGCUCUCAAUAUGAGCCCACGUUACUCUUUAGAUAAUUCAGUUGGAAAUAAGUGAAUUAAAUUCAG